AUGUCUCCACCAGCUCUUUUGGUGUCAUUGCUCCUCACGAACAUCCCCGCAGCAUCAGCGAGUAGUCUCCUUUGGUACAAUGCAACCCUUGACGAGGGACGGGUCGAAUGCGUCUACCCAAUCAGCGGGCAAUAUGCUCUUCUUCAGCGAGCUCUCUACUAUUGCCUCCUUCUCUUCUCCAUCGUCAGUCGCAAGACGCCAUGGUUGGUGGUCGGUGCGCUUGGUGCAGCCAUGACCUACGCCGGAUCGGCCGCCGUCCAUGCAACCAUCCUCGCGGGCAUAUCGCGCAAUUCUUUGCUAGACCUGGAUUGCCUUGGGAUCUUUGCCAUCGUCAGCGUGGGAAGCUUAGUCGUGACGGUAUUCUUCCAUGGUUCUGAGCUCCUGCGCGAAUCCCCUGCUCGGCCGGUAUUUCAAUACUGGGGGUUACUGAUGGUGGUUGGGACAAUCUGUGCCGUUGUCGCGAUGUUGAGGGACUAUCCCAGCGAGGAGAGAUGUACAUCUAUACCAAGUGAUGCGACCAACAUAACAGAACCCAUACUGCUGACAAGCACGGCCCAAUUAGACCUGAUGCGGUUCAACUGCACGUACGCCUGCUUCCAGACACGACAAGCAUUUCGAAACCCGAGCGACAUUCUCAUUUUACCGGCAGGUACGGUAUCGGUUCAGAGAUUCAAAUUAUUAGCAGCCUCAAUGUGCCUCUCGGUAUUCCUCGGGGCCGUGGUGUCCCUCUACCGUCUUCUCCUGACUCCCCGCUACUACACGAAGGAUGAGUUGGAACGAACACUCCGUUCAGCAAACAAGACCCUCGCAAGAAGUGACCUCUUCCCGAAACAGCGCCGCUACGCAAAACAGAUGCGAUCGAUGGUGCAGAAGAAGUUGGCUCGGGGUCAGAAGCGCGCCCGGCCGGGCUUGAUGACCGAUCUGUUGGCCAUCGCCUGUGUGGUCGUCAUCGUCUUGAACGAGGUUUUCAUCCAUAUCGGCAAGGAGAUACCUACCAGCGAACCACCGUACGCUGUGGGACAAUGGGGUCCAUGGGUAGCUGUGAUCCUGGCGUUGGCGGGAUCUGCCAUCGUGGAGUAUCACCGGCCAGCGUGGGAGGAACGGCAGCGGAUAUUGACGGAGGAGGGCGUACUUGCCCAAGGAGAGAAUGCCCCAUCGUUGUUCUCUUCAGCAUGGAUGGGCUGGCGAAAGCUGUCUGGGAAAUGGGCGGAACGAAGGGCUGAAAUGGUGCAGUGGCCAGGCAGCCUGGCGAAGGGGAUUGCCUAG